AAUUUUAGUAACCGAGUCCAAGUGGCCACUUUCCAUACCUGAAACAACCGGUCUCCGGAACAACACUUGCCAAUAUGAUAGCUUACCUGGAGCACUUCGUGCAUGCAAACGACACUGAAUCCAGCCAAGACGACGACGUUUCAAGCCUGUCCAAGGCGCUUGACCUUCAAGCCACCACCGACGACUGCGGCCCCGCCGGAAUCGCCACCAAAGAUUUCGGCGGCAUGAAAUCCGUCAAACCCUUGGCCUUCAUAAGACCAGCCUCCGCCGCCGACGUCGCUCGAGUGGUGACAGCGGCGGCGAAGUUUCCGAAUCUGACGGUGGCGGCGCGAGGGAAUGGACACUCGAUAAACGGCCAGGCCAUGGCGGAGCAAGGAGUGGUCCUGGACAUGCGCGGCAUGGAGGAUUUUGAGGUUGUGUGGAUAGAUGGCUCGCCUUACGUGGACGUUUCGGGAGGGGCAUUAUGGGAAUACGUCCUUAAACGGUGCGUUCUGGAGUUCGGACUAGCCCCGAGAUCGUGGACGGAUUAUCUGGGUUUAACGGUGGGAGGAACCUUGUCCUACGCUGGCGUUAGCGGUCAAGCUUUCCGUUACGGUCCACAGACAUCGAACGUAACGGAAUUGGAAGUUGUAACUGGGAAAGGCGAAACGUUGUGUUGCUCACAAACCCAAAACUCUGAGCUUUUCUUUGGUGCGCUUGGUGGUUUAGGACAAUUCGGUAUUAUUACCAAAGCUAGAGUCGUUCUUCAACGACCUCCAGAUAUGGUGAGAUGGAUAAGGGUUGUUUACUCUGAAUUUGAGGACUUCGCUGGGGAUGCAGAGUGGCUAGUGGUUGAAGGGAAGUGCUCUGACUACGUUGAAGGCUUCGUUUUUGUGAACAAAGAUGAGCCCACCAAUGGAUGGCCCACUGUGCCAUUGGACCCGGAACAGGUGUUCGACCCGAUUCAUAUCCCUCCCGGUGCUGGCCCAGUCCUAUAUUGCUUGGAACUCGCUCUUCACUAUCGCAACCAGGAUCAUCCUUCUCACGUUGAUACGAAUGUGAGUGGAUUGCUUGGACGGCUACGAUUCAUUGAGGGUCUGAAGUUCCAGUUGGACGUGGGAUACAUGGAGUUCUUGCUACGUGUAAAGCGUGUGGAGGAACACGCAAAACGCAACGGCACCUGGGAUGCGCCUCAUCCUUGGCUGAACCUGUUCGUGCCACAGUCGAACAUGGUUGAUUUUGAUCGUGAGGUGUUCAAGAAGAUCCUCAAGAACGGGGUCGAUGGGCCCAUUUUAGUCUACCCCCUCUUGCGAAACAAGUGGGACAGUCGUCACUCGGUGGUGGUGCCGGACAGCGACAUCUUCUACAUAGUAGCAUUGCUCCGAUUUACUCCACCACCCCCAAAGGGACCACCCACUGAAUUCUUGGUGGAGCAAAACCAUGAGAUUAUUCGGUUUUGCUCAAGCAGAGGCUUUGAUUUCAAGCUAUACUUUCCUCACUAUCAGUCACGAGAGGAAUGGAUGAAACACUUUGGGAAUCAAUGGACCAGAUUUCUGGAGAGAAAAGUCAAUUUUGACCCUAUGGCUAUCCUUGCGCCAGGACAGAAAAUCUUCUCCAGAAUCUCUCAACCUUGCUCAAUCACAUAA